AUGCCUCGACUUUGUUCUCGGGCCGCUUUGGAACUGCACUACACUAUGCCGCAAGGGAAGGCAAUGCGGGCAAAGUCAAGAUUCCCACGCUUCAUCGUCUCUUUGGGGGUGACCGAGGAGACUCGAGCCAAAGAUUUCAAUGACAACAUCCCCCUUGCCGUCGCUGUCAAUGCCGGACACGUCAAAGUCGUGGAGACAAUCUUGCGGACAGCGCAGGUAUCACCCAAGGUUCGAAAUGAGUACAAAGAACUGCUUUUCCACAAUGCUGUGGCUGCUGGAGAUAUCGACAUGGUAAAUGUCUUCCUUGAGAGCGGCGCUUCGGCUGAAUGGAAAGGCAAGGACAAUGAGCGAGCUCUGCAUGUAGCUGCCAGAGCCGGGAAUGCUCCAGUCGUUCGUCUUUUGCUCAAGCAUGGUGCUGCGCCCAAAGUCAAAGACUCAGGUCUUUGUACUCCCUUGGAAAUUGCGAGAGGCCCAGAAGUGAUUAUGUUGCUCCGUGAAGCAGAGAGUCAAGUGUCAAAGGGCAAGGGAAAGCCACAGCCAAAAACAGUGCUCCCACCACCUCCGGCGUACUCGUCGUCGGCAAAAUGA